AUGAUCAUCCCUUAUGAUGGAAAGGAAGCUUUUCUUAACAGGUUAAUAGAAUCUGUUUUUGGUGAUCUAAACAUCUAUGCUUCAGAUCUAUAUCAGAUGACUAAUCGGUGUAUUCUAUCACCAACAAACAAUGCUGUUGAUGAUGUUAACCAGAUCAUUAUUGAUAGGUUUCCUAAAGAUCCGCAUGUUUAUAUAAGUUCUGAUAGAACUUUAAACGAAAAAGAUCAAGGCGACUAUGAAGAUUUUCUCAAUUCUUUAAGUCCAAAGGGGUUACCCCCUCAUAAGCUAAUUUUAAAGGAGAACUGUCCAGUUAUUCUUCCUAGAAACUUAAACCCAAUGGAAGGUCUUUGUAAUGGCACUAGGCUUAUAUGCCGAGACUCCGGCACAACACUAUUUGUGCAGAGAUUGCAGUGGACUUUGGAUGAUGUAGGGAUUUACUUGCGUGAACCUGUUUUUUCUCACGGCCAGCUAUACGUUGCCCUUUCCCGUGCAAAAAGUUCAUCUGCAGUUAAAGUCCUAAUAGUACCAGCAACAUAUCGUGACACAGUCACUGAAUGCAAAACUAGGAAUGUGGUCUUUGAUGAAGUUCUUACAUUAGCUAAGCAGUAG